GCAAAUCUCCCGUAAAAAUAGUAAGAAAAUUAUGUUGAAUUGGUUUUUACACAGUUUUGGGCUCAUGAGGAAGUUGGCAUAAAACCACUUCACUCAGUGGAAAAACUUUCAGUUUCAUUUGAGCAACGUACCGCACAACCAACAAAGAAGCGUAAAAAUUAAAAAAAAAUAAAAAUAAAAAUAAAUUUAUUACCAACAUUAACAACAACCGCAACGAAUGAUGAUGUUAGUUAUUAAAUAAUAAUUAAUAUUUUGUAAUAAUAAAAACGUUUGCUUAAACAACAACAACAACAACAACAAUCUAUGCGUGAAUUUCGAUGCGAAAAUUUUUGAUAAUAAGAAAGUGGAAAAGUGCCUGAAAACACUUAAGUAACAAGAAAAAGAAACAAAAAUGAAAACUCUGGUGAAUUUUUUUCUCACCAUGUUGUUGGCAAAUAUAGCCGACUCGUGUGCCCAAUCAUCGUCGUAUUCAUAUUUCACUAACGGCAUAGUUCCGUCGGGAACGCAAAUCUCUAGCCAACGACAUCCAGCUUCUUAUCAUGUCGAUCUGGUGCAAGAGCCAAGUGAACGGCGUCGUGUUAAAUCCAAAUAUACAAAGAGAAAGAACUAUAAACCAUAUGACUCGGAAGAGGAAUCCUCAAGCGAAAACUAUUCGUCUUCUGAAGAAUAUUCUGGUAAUUCUCCGGACUCGUAUCGAUCCUAUAAGGAGAAUGACAGUCGUGAAUAUUCGAUUGGCACGCACAUUAGAGUUCAACAUCCGAUAACAAUACCUAAGAAAACUUUACCAUUGCAAGGGAAAACGAAAUCGAAUAAAUAUUCCACAUUGGCCGAAGAUUAUUCACAAGAGGUACGAGAAUUUGAACCAUCAGCGGGGGCGAAAAAACAAAAGUAUAGCAAAUACUAUGAACCGCAGGCCAUACAUAUUAUUGCUCCGCCAAAAUCUACGGUUCCAGCUCAUAUUACUGCCAUACCAACCGGUGGUUACGACGUUUACGAACCAGAAAACCUAUACACUCACCCUCAUGUCGAGCAUUUGAAGACAGCUUUACGCGAGCAACUCAAAGCGGUAGCUUCUAAAAAACAAAUUGAUAAAUAUCUAGAGGAUCAACAGAAAAUUCUCGACGAAUCAUUAAAACUACAAUUACUGAGUAAUCCGAAAUUCAAGCAGCUGAUAAAAUUGGCUGAAAAGGAGCAACAGCAGCUUGCACGAGACUCGCAUUAUAAUGAUGACUAUUUCCCGAAUGUUCCGCCACCUUAUCAUGACAAUUAUCCCAAGAAUUUACCGCCGACGACUCGCGGUCGUAGACGUCCGCAAAAUGAUGCAUUUAAAUAUACACCAAAACCGCCGGCGGGCAAUCUGCUAUCGAAGCCAAAGCGGAAAUAUCGGCAAGGACAUGUUUUAAUUUAA